UAUGUUUAUCAAAAAUACAUGGUGGCGAUUCCGCAUGUUUGUCUUUGAUUCUGUAGUGACAAUUAAAAAUUAAUGUCAUGUUUUAUUAUUAAUAUAAGCCAAGAUUAGUUCGUUAGGAAGAGAUUUUGGAAUUUUGAUAAUGUCUUUUAUAGAAUGUGGACAGUUGCAGCUACCAAAAAGAAGCUGACUGGACCUCUUGGAACAUAUAAUAGUUUAACAGAUCAGCAUUUAACGCAUUAUUUUAAAAAGCCAACAGUUAAACGUCAGUUAACAAAAGCUGGAUUGAUAAAUAAACAAGGAAAUAUUAUACCAGAUUCUGUUCGUAAAUUAGAAGAAAUUAAACAACAACAACAAAAAGAAGCUCAUGAAUUACUUGCUAAUGCAAUUGUUCAAAAGACAUUGGAAUUGGAACGUCUUCGACAAGCAGAGAUCAAGCAUCACCUAGAUGAUAUGAAUAAGAUAGAAUUAGUAGAAAGAGUGAAGAGUGCUAGAGGUAAAUCCAAGAAGAAACAGGCUUCACUACCAUAUCAGUCUGCUUACAAUCUUUCUUAUUCAGCAGACUCAUUAAAUUUGCCACAGUUAUCAACAAAUAAAGGUUAUAAUUGGAAUAAAAGCAGUUUUUCACUCAAUUACAAUUUGCCUAAUUAUAUACUAGAAAACAAUAAGAUUGAUGACAAAAUUAAUAAGGAAGAAUAUUUGUUGAAUAAUAAACAUUUUAUGAAAAAAGGAUCAUCAGCAAAACUGCAUAAAGAAAGAAAAAAUGAAAAUUUUGAUAAUCAGCGAUCUAAAUCUGCUGGUGCAAAAUUAAAAAAUUCAGAUUCCCUUAAUCAGAUUUAUAAAGAUGCUUUUAAGGUUUUACUGAAAUCACCUAUAUCACCAUAUUUAUUACCAGUAUUAUCGAAAGCAAAAUCCAUGUCAAGUAUUCAACGAAAUACCUCUGCUAAAUGUAAAAGCACUAAGAAAAAUAAAUCAGGAUGUAAAAGUAAAAAAAACAGUAAUCAACAAAAAUUUUCAGAAACCAUCGAAGAGCCCACUGCUGUGAAUUUGUAUGAAGCAGAGAAUAAUAAUAAUAUAGAAUAUUUUAAAAUAAAAAAGCCAGUUUUACAGGUUUCUGAGUCACAGUGUAGAAUAACACUUUGUUUUCAUGGUGCUAUGUCAAUGUAUGCUUGGAUAAUUCCGCAAAUAUAUCAAGAAGUGCAUAUAAGUCAACAGCAUUGUGGAGGAAAUUCAAUUUGUGUAUUUAAAAAACAAUUACAAGCCGAAGAUAUAUUUACAUUUGUUUCUCGUCGUCAUCGAGGAUAUCCUUUUAGUAUAACAAUAUUUAUUGAUGGAAUAAGACAUUUUCGAUUGAGCACAUGUUGUGAAUAUCGCUAUCAACGUGGAUCAAAACUUGGUGGUAAAAGAGGGCAGUUUACAUUAAUUGAUGUACAAGGAAGUAAACCUUGUUUCAGAUGUCAAGUUGAAGAAAGUUUAGGAAUAUAUAGACCCCGCCAUCCUCCUCCUCCAAAAUAUACAAAGACUUUACAAAAAAAAUUGAAAAAUAGUAUUAAUGGAAGCAGCCAAAAAUCAGAGAGAUCAAUAACUGUAGAUUCUUUUGAUAAAAGUAAGAGAAAAACAAUUUUGUUUUUAAUUUUAAAUAUGAUUAUAUCAAAAACUUUAUUGUGUUUUUACAUAUUUAUUUUACUAACAUUUAAUUUAAAUAAACUGUGAUAUAAAGUAUAAGAU